AUGGUCAACUGGCUCACCCUCGCCGUCCCCUUCGCCUACCUCGGCGUCCUCCUCGGCUCCCUCGCAACCUUCUCCUCCCUCUACCGCAAGCGCAAAGCCCGCAAGUCCCUCUCCCUGGAACCCUGGUUCCCUCCACACACACAACGCGACAUCUACUUCUCCCUACUACACCUCGACCCCUCCGCCAGCAAUGACGCCAGCAAGAACCCCAACGGCAAGAAACUUCCCUCUUCCGUGCCCGACAGCGUCCUGAAAUCCGCUCUUCUGCGUCGCGCCAUCGAAGACAUUAAACGCGUCAUGGCCCUGCGCACACAAAAGGGCGCGCUCGCUAUGCUCCUCCAGCGCGGUAGUGUCGGUGAUGAUCUGUGGCAGCGGUUUCUCCGUGCUGAGAAGGAAAUGGAGGAUGAGGUUAGGGAUGUUGUUGCUGAGGCAAACGCCUACGUCCCCGGCUGGGGCCAAACGAUCUUCCAGUCGGCCAAUGAAAUGCUGAAUAAUGCUAUUUUCCGGGAACGCAUGGAGAAGCAGCAGGCCAAGUUGGAGGAGGAGAAGCAGUGGUGGGAGAAGAGGAAGGAGGGGUACAUGAAGGAGUUGGAUGUCGAGGCGGAGAAGAAGGAGGAGGUGGUAGAGGAGGCCGGUGAGAAGAAGGCUGCUGCUGCUGCUACUGCUGCUGCGUCCACGACUACUAGUGAGGAGGGUUCUGGUGUUCCUACGCCUGCUACUAAGACGCCUGAGUCGUCUGGUGCGCCGCCUUCGGUGGCGGGGAGUGAUGAUGAUGCGGUGUUGGUGGAGGCGGAUGAGCAGAAUGCUGCGAAGAAAUAG